AUGUAUCUAUUUAUCUAUCUAUAUAUCUCAUUCCGUUCAUAUCUCUCUAUCUAUCUAUUUGGGUUUACUCAUUAUCUAUCUCUAUCUAUCUAUCUAUCUAUCUAUCUAUCUCUGUUUUACUGUAUAGCUACCGACAUUCUUGUCCCUUCACUGUCCGCCUCUCUCUCUAUAUUUAUCUCUCUCUCUCUUUUUCUCCUACAUACACACACUACUCUGCUUUCACCCCCGCCUCUUCAUCUCGUUCGUUCUACUUGCUCACUCUUAGAUGUCGAUUACAAAGUUAUCUUAGCCUCGAUUUGGCGCGAAAAAAGUGUCUUGAUUCAGAAUUGCUUUUCUUCCGUCUCUCCCCAAACCAAGUUAUCUCCGUCUGUUCUAAAGAAUAUAUUUAGAUCACAUCUAUCCGUGUGUCGGUCGGCCGAUUGGUCUGUUCCCCUUUCGCUAUUCCCACACUUUUUUUUAUCGCCAGUCCGCGCGUCCAAUCUUUGUCUCCCGAUGAUCAUUUUCGUCUCCUUUCAUGUUUGUCUCUCAUGUGUUGAUUUGGUUUUUGUUUAUUGCAAUUUUAUUCCGUUUGCACCAAUUCUAUCUAUCUAUCUAUCUAUCUAUCUAUCUCUCUCUCUCUCUCUCUCUCUCUCUCUCUAUUCCUUUCCUGUUUUUCGCUUCUAUCUCCAAACCCUUUUCCUUUCACGUGCUUUUCUUUUCAUGUUCCGUAAUGUUCAAUUGCUGAAAAACUUUCCUAUCUUCUGUUUCCAUUCCCAAACCCUUUUCCUUUCACCCGCCUAUCUUUUCAUUUUCCGUAGUGUUCAAUUGCUCAAGUCCUUUCCUAUGGUUUAUUUCCAUUCCCAAACCCUUUUCUUUCACCCACGUAUCUUUUCCUUUUCCGUAGUGUGCAAUUGCUCAAGUCCUUUCCUACCUAUCGUUUCCAUUACUAAACCCUUUUCCUUUCACCCGCCUCUCUUUUCCUUUUCCCUAGUGUUCAAUUACUCAAAGCCUUUUCAGUUUUUCGCUUCUAUCCCCAAACCCUUUUCAUUUCACCCGCCUCUCUUUUCAUUUUCCAUAGUGUUCAAUUGCUCAAGGCCUUUCCUGUUUUUCGCUUCGAACCCAAAACCCUUUUCCAUUCACCCGCUUUUCUUUUCAUGUUCCGUUCAAUUGCUCAAGUCUUUUCCUGUUUUUCGUUCUAUCCCCAAACUCUGUUCCAUUCACCCGCUUUUCAAUUCAUGUUCCGUAAUGUUCAAUUGCUCAAGGACUAUCCUAUUUUACGUUUCCAUUCCCAAACUCUUUUCAUUUCACCCGCCUAUCUUUUUAUUUUCCGCAGAGAUCAAUUGCUCAAGGCCUUUCCUAUCAUUCGUUUCCAUUGACAAACCCUUUUCAUUUCACCAGCUUAUGAUUUCAUUUUCCGCAGUGAUCAAUUGCUCAAGUCCUUUUCUACCUUUUGUUUCCAUUCCCAAAACAUUUUCCUUUCUACCGCCUAUCUUUUCCUUUUCAUUAGCGUUCAAUUGCUCAAGUCCUUUCCUGUUUUUCGCUUCUAUCGUCAAACCCUUUUCAUUUCACCCGCCUGUCUUUUCAUUUUCCGUGGUAUUCUAUUGCUCAAUUCCUUUCCAGUUUUUCGUUUCCAUUCCCAAACACUUUUCUUUUAACCCGACUAUCUUUUCCUUUUCCAUAGUGCCUUUCCUUUUUUUCGCUUCUCUUUUCGUUUUCUGUAGUGUUCAAUUGCUCAAGGCCUUUCUUAUUUUUGUUUCCAUUCCCAACCCCUUUUCCUUUCAUCCGCCUAUCUUUUUAUUUUCCGUAGUGUUCAAUUGCUCUAGAACUUUCCUCUUUUUCGCUUCUAUCCCCAAACACUUUUCCUUUCAAGCGCCUAUCUUUUCAUUUUCUGUAGUGUUCAAUUGCUCAAGGCCUUUUCUAUCUUUCAUUUCCAUUCCCAAACCCUUUUUCCUUUCAACCGCCUAUCUUUUCAUUUUCAGUAGUGUUCAAUUGCUCAAUGUUCAAUUGCUCAAGGCCUUUCCAUUUUUUCGCUUCUAUCUCCAAACACUUUUUCUUUCACCCGCCUAUCUUUUCAUUUUCUGUAGCGUUCAAUUGCUCAAGUCCUUUCGUACCAUUCGUUUCCAUUCUCAAACCCUUUUCCUUUCUACCGACUAUCUUUUCCUUUUCCUUAAUGUUCAAUUGCUCAAGGCCUUUCCUGUUUACGUUCCCAUUCCCAAACCCUUUUCCUUUCACCCGCCUAUCUUUUCAUUUUCCGUAGUGUUCAAUUGCUCAAGUCCUUUCAUACAUUUCUGUUCAAUAGCUCAAGGCCUUUCCCGUUUUUCGCUUCUAUCCCCAAACCAUUUUCUUUUCACCCGCCUAUCUUUUUUUUUCUGUAGUGUUCAAUUGCUCAAGGCCUUUCUUAUCUUUCGUUUCCAUUCCCAAACCCUUUUCCUUUCAACCGCCUAUCUUUUCCUUUUCCGUAGUCUUCAAUUUGCUCAAUUGCUCAAGGCCUUUCCUUUUUUUUGCUUCUAUCACCAAACCUUUUUCCUUUCAGCCGCCUAUCUUUUCAUUUUCCGUAGUGUUCAAUUGCUCAAGGCCUUCCCCUUUUUGUCGCUUCUAUCCUUAAACCCUAUUUCUUUUCCCCCGCCUAUCUUUUCAUUUUCCGUAGUGUUCAAUUGCUCAAAGCCUUUCCUACCCUUCGUUUCCAUUCCAAAACCCUUUUCCUUUCUACCGCCUAUCUUUUCCUUUUUCCUUAGUGUUCAAUUGCUCAAGGCCUUUCCUGUUUUUAGCUUUUCCGUAGCCUUCAAUUCGUCAAGGCCAUUUCUGUUUUUCUCUUGUAUCCGAAAUCCCUUUUCCUUUCAACCGCCUAUCUUUUCAUUUUCUGUAGUGUUCAAUUGCUCAAGGCCUUUCCCGUUUUUCGCUUCUAUUCUUAAAACCUAUUUCUUUUCACCCGCCUAUCUUUUCAUGUUCCGUAUUUUUUUUACUUGUACACGCCCUUUCGUAUCUUUCGUUUCUAUCCUCUGUUCCUUUCUGUUUCACGCGCUUAUCUUUUUUCAUGCUCCCUUGUAUUUAACUUGCCCACGACCUUUCCUCUCUUUCUUUUCUAUCCCCUCUCCCUUUUUCUUUUAUUUACCUUUCUUUUCAUGUUCCGUUGUGUUUAACUUGCCUACACCCUUUCCUAUCUUUCGUUUCCAUCUCUUAUGCCUUUUUCUUUCACUCGCUUUUCAUUUCCUUUCUCUCUACAUUUCCACCCUCAGAUCUUCUUUCCCACGGUUUUUUGAAAUUCCCUUGUCAGAUGACUUAUGUGUUUGCAGUGGGGUUUUUUUUCUUGGCCUAUACAUUCUUUCUUUCUUUCUUUUUUCUUUCUUUUUUUCUUUCUUUCUUUCUUUCUUUCUUUCUUUCUUUCUUUCUUUCUCUUUCUUCGCCUUAUUUGUCUCUUCUUUUCCGUCGUCUCUUUUCAGUUUUCUCCUCGUCUGUCCUCAAUUCUUCAAUUAUGGUUCUCUGUUUCUCCUUCUCUUUUUUUUCUUUUUCUUCUUCUUCUUCUUCUUCUUCUUCUUCUUCUUCUUCUUCUUCUUCUUCUUCUUCUUCUUCACUUUCUUUUCUUCCUCACGCUAUUUUAAUCUUCUUUUCUUCGUCUCUUCUUAUUUUUCUUCGAUUUCUUCUUUACUUCUUCACUAUAUUUUUUUUUCGAUUUGUUCUUCUUUCUCCUUCAUUUUCUUCACUUUCGUCUUCUUCUCUUCUUCAUGUUAUUUUUCUUUUUCUUCUCUAUUCUUUUACCUUAACUUUUUUUUCUUCUCGUUCUCCUUCCUUUACCUUUGUUUUUUCUCAUUUUCUCCUUUUUUCUUGUUUUUUCCUUCACUUUCUUCUCCGCUUCCUCGUCUUAUAUUUCUCUUCUGUUUGUUUAUCUCUUACUUUUUUUUCUUCACGUUCUUCUUCACUUUAUCUUCUUUUUUUAUUUUUCAUUUUCUUCCUUUUUAUUAUAUUUUCUUCUUUUUCCCUUUUUUACUUUAUUUUCUGUCCUUUCUUCUUUUUUUUCACUUUCUUCCUCGUCUUAUUUUUGUCUUCUUUUUCUUUCUUUCUUUUUUUCAUUCACUUCCUUUUCUCUUUUUAAUCUUCUCUUUCCUUCUUUUUCUUUCAUUUUUCUCCUUCUCUUCUUCACUUUAUCAUUUGCUCAUUUUCUGCUUCACUUUAGUUUUUCUUCUUUAUCACUUUUUUUUCUUCAGUUACUGCUUGUCUCCUAUUCUCACCUUUUUCUUCAUUUUCCUUCUUUUCUUUCCUUUUUUUUCUCCUUCUUUUUUUGGAUUUCAUUUUGUUCUCUGCCUUUCCCUAAUUUUGUCUCUUUUUUUUUCUGUUUUCAUUUGCCGCCUUCUUUGUUUUUCAUUGUCUAGUGUCAGUGAAGAAAAAACAGGACAGUCUCCUGAAAACCACGAUUCUUCUUCUUCUUCUUCUUCUUCUUCUUCUUCUUCUUCUUCUAUUCUUCUUUUUCUUCUCCUCCUCCUCCUCCUCCUUCUUCUUCUUCUUCUUGUGAUCUUUUGUUGUUUGUUGUUGUUGCUGCUAUUCUUCUUCUUCUUCUUCUUCUUCUUCUUCUUCUUCUUCUUCUUCUUCUUCUUCUUCUUCUUCUUCUUCUUCUUCUUCUUCUUCUUCUUCCCUUCUUGUUCUUCUUAUUAUUAUUAUUAUUAUUAUUCAGUAUUUCUUUUUCUUUUCUUUCUCUUUUCUUUUUAUUUUGCUCUUUCUUUUCUUUUCCUCUAUCUUUUCUUUUCUUCUUUUCUUUUUUUCUCUUUCUUUUUCUCUUUUUCUUUUUCUCUUUCUUUUCUUCUUUUCUAUCUCUUUUCUUUUUCUCUUUCUUUUCUUUUCUUUUUCUUUUUCUCUUUCUUUUUUUCUUUUUCUUUUCUCUUUCUUUUCUUUUUACUUUUCUUUUACUAUCUCUUUUCUUUUUCUCUUUCUCUUUCUUUUCUUUUUUUCUUUUUCUCUUUCUUUUCUUUUUCUCUUUCUUUCACUUUCUUUUCCCUUUAA